AUGCGCAUUAUCUAGAAACCAUCAGCUGGAUUGGUUGGACACUUUGAUGGAAUAUGACCACAAUAUGACGAAAUUGUGCUCGUGACCGAAUGUCGUCGGUUGUAACUCGUACGGCUCGUACUUAAUGACACAGUCUCCAAAUGAAGUUGUUUGCCUUCACCUCACAAGAUUGCACUUCCCUCCGUAGCUAUGCCGUCAGUGAACAACAGCGUCUGAACAGAUGAGAAUGGCAACGAUAUUCGAGCCUUUCAAAGAGCUCGGUAGUAUAAUACCGAGCUGGGAGAACGUAGCGUUUGUUCCGGUUCCUAUAGAUCUGAAUCAUUUAUAUGAGCACCACUUGGUGACUGUAUGUACCGUGGUUUUGAUAGUGGUGGUGAUUGCCUUAGGUAUCAUAGUGUCUUUUCGUAAAAUCAAGAGCAAAGUCGAUGUAGUAACAGCACGCAUGAUGGGGCCACCCAGGCCCAGAUUUCGCAAGCGGGACAAAGUCCUCUUCUAUGGCAGGAAGAUGUUGAGAAAGGUAAACCUCCUGACCAAUCAAGCAACAAGUGGAAGGACAAGGUUAAAAAAGAGGCAGAUGGUCCUGAGGUUUGCGAGAAAGUUCCUGCGGUUGAAGCGGGAGCAGCCGUUGACGCUGCAGGUGAAGGAACCGUCUCAGGCAUUCCUCGAGGAAGAUUACACGGAGCAGAUGGAGAAACGUUUGCCACCAGAUGUGCUGUACAUGCUUCGCAGCAUCAGGGUGUUUGGCUUUUUUGAGAAGCCUGUGUUUAUGGAACUGUGGAAGCACAUAGAGACCAUAUACGUUCCUGCGGGCAACAUGCUCUUCUCCGUGGGCGACAAUGAUGACAGCAUCUACGUCGUGCAGUCUGGACGUAUCCACGUUUAUAUCGUAGAACCUGACGGAACGGAACUGACAUUCAAAGAAGUGACGGCCGGCGAGAACAUAGCGAGUCUUCUGAGUGCCCUGAUUGUGCUCACCGGAGUUCCCUCGACGUUCAAGACCGUGGCCGCUCGCGCAUUGGAGGACUCGACGGUUCUUCGCUUGCAUUACGAGGACUUCAAGAUCCUGCUGGCCAAACAUCCAGACUCGAUGGUGCGACUCUGCCAGAUUGUCAUGAUCCGUCUGCACAGGGUCACCUUCACGGCACUACACAACUACUUGGGACUCACCACUCAACUGUUGCGCACGCCAAGCGGAACAAAGCGUCCACCUAACUCCUCACCAAAGGCAAGCCCUUCCCGCACUUCAAGUCGAAAGCCUGGCAACGUACGUGACAGUGCCUUUUUGGGUUCGUAUUCGAGCGACCAGUCGGAUAGUCUGCAAGGAUCGACGGGUAUGAACGAAGCUGGCUCGUUCCAACUCUUGGAUGAACUUGAUCAGGCAAAUCCUGUCUACGGACCUUCUCGUACGUUAUCGACGGAGCAGACAAGCAGCAUGCCAUCCACGAGGAGGACAGCGCGCAAGACCGCCUUCACUCUCGCGGAUGAUGGUCCGACAUUCGAUUAUGACACGUACCUUCAAAUGGCUGUUCAAGGGUUUAUGUCGAAGCUAGACAUUCAGGACGAAGAAUUCAUCCGUCAGAAGGUGACAGUGAAGGAGUUCCUUCCAGGGGAGUUCCUCAGUCGACAGGACACUGGAGAGCAGACUUACCUCAGCUACAUCCUAUCUGGUUGCCUCACUGUCUCUCAGAAGACUUCCAUCAAAGAUACUGAGGAUGUGCUCUAUGUGGCCCACGCGGGAGAGCUGGUAGGAGCCCUGGAAGUCCUAACUGGGGAGCCGGCCAUUUUCACCCGAAGGGCCAAGGUUGCGUGCCGCGUGGGACUCAUCCCCUCUACCAACUCAUAUGAAAUCCUGCGGCUGAACCCUGCAGCGGUGCUCAACGUGGCACGGGUCGUCAUUGAGCGAUUGUCUCCCUUCGUGCGACAGAUAGACUUUGCCAUGGAGUGGAUGUAUGUCGAGUCUGGACGCGCCAUCUACAGGCAGGACGAGCCUGCUGACUCGACGGGUAUUAUCUUGAGCGGCCGUCUGCGAUCGGUGCUGACGCGGCCGGACGGAAAGAGGGAGAUGGUGGGAGAGUAUGGACGAGGGGACCUUGUGGGCCUGGUGGAACUGCUUACAGGCGCCAAGCGAGCCACCACAGUCAUGGCUGUCAGGGACACAGAACUGGCGAAGCUUCCUGAAGGCUUGCUCAACGUGAUCAAGAUCAAGUAUCCAGUGGUUGUUACGCGCCUGAUCCAUCUGCUGGGCCACCGUCUCCUUGGCAGCUUGCAGAGGGGGGACACUGUUACCGCUGCUUCGCUGAUUUCCCGUCCGACCGGAUCUAACUUUGCUACCAUCGCCAUUUUGGCUGUGAACGAAGAAGUUCCGUUGUCGACGUUCACCCUCGAACUGAGCCACGCCCUGCAGAGCAUUGGUCCAGUGUUUCGGCUCACUUCCGAUUACAUCAGGAAGCACCUGGGGCCGUCUGCUUUUGACACGUCGAACGAAUAUCGCCUCUGCAACUGGCUCGGGCAACAGGAGGACCGACAUAAAGUCCUGCUCUACCAGUGCGACAGCGACAUGACUUCGUGGACUCAGCGCUGCAUCCGCCAGUCGGACUGCAUCCUCAUAGUAGCGCUCGCGGACCAGGAACCAGUCGUUGGUCGCUUAGAGAAACAAGUUGAAAACGUGGCUCAGAGAACUCAGAAAGAGCUCGUGCUGCUCCACCACGAGGGAGCAGACAGGCCACGCAACACGGUCACCUGGCUCAACAUCCGAUCCUGGUGCUCUUCUCAUCAUCACAUCCGUUGCCCCAAGCGCAUGUUUGCCAAAAAGUCUCCGGCACGCAUCAUGGAAGUGUACAAGAAGCUGGGAACAGUGAACGUCCACUCCGACUUUGCCCGGCUGGCGAGGUUCCUGACGGGCACCUCGAUCGGCCUGGUGCUUGGAGGGGGCGGGGCCAGGGGCUGCGCACACGUGGGCAUGAUUCGCGCCAUCUACGAAGCAGGCAUUCCCAUCGACAUGGUGGGUGGCGUGAGCAUUGGUGCCCUUGUGGGAGCACUCUGGUGCCACGAGGUGAACGUCACCACUUUGGUGCAGAAGGCACGCCACUGGUCCAAGCAAAUGACAUCGAUAUGGCGACAGCUCUGGGAUCUCACUUACCCCAUCACAGCUUGGUUCACCGGGGCUGCCUUCAACCAGUGUGUCUACGACCUGUUUGGGGAGUGCCAGAUUGAGGACCUGUGGCUCCCCUAUUUCACCAUCACCACAGACAUCACGAGCAGUUGUAUGCGCAUUCACAGGCAUGGCAACCUGUGGCAGUACGUUCGAGCCAGCAUGAGUGUAGUGGGGCCCCUGCCCCCGCUGUGCGACCCCAGCGACGGACAUCUGCUCGUCGAUGGAUGCUAUGUGAAUAACGUCCCAGCGGACAUAAUGCGUGAAACCGGCGCCGAGACAAUUAUAGCCGUUGACGUCGGGAGCCAGGACGACACGGACUUGACCAACUACGGGGAUGCCCUAAGUGGCUGGUGGCUGCUUUUCAAGAGGUGGAACCCACUGACCACUCCAGUCAAGAUCCCUAGUCUGCCGGAGAUCCAGUCUCGACUGGCGUACGUCAGCUGCGUACGUCAACUGGAAGCCGUGAAGACGAGCGACUACUGCACGUACGUGAGGCCUCCAAUCGACCGUUACCGCACCCUGCAGUUUGGAGCCUUCGAUGAGAUCAUGGAAGUGGGCUACGUUCACGGAUGUACGCUGUUUGCGGGCAUGAAGGCGGGCCAGCGGACCCUGCGCUCGGUGCUUAACCUCGAAGGGACGCGCAUAAUACAGAGUGGAAAGGAGGGUCGACCGACCACGUUCACGGACCUCGCGGAGAUGGUGUGCACCAUCAAGCAGCCGUCAAAGAGCCGCUGCAACUACUCAGCGUCCGAGGAUGAGACUGGGCAGGACAGCGAACAGGACAUUAUAACAGAUACUGAUAAGGACCAAGAUGAAGACGAAGAAUACACGGAGGACAACAGCACACAGUACGGAAUGUCAGCAAGGUCGUGAGCCCCCCUUUAGCUGCAUUCCAACUUGACUCUGUGCCCAUUCAACCUAGUCACAAACAAGUGUCAACGACCACCGCAUGGUGGACACAACGGUUUAGCUCACUCUAAGGUUGUCAGUGAUAUUUUUAUUCGUGCGAGGCCCUUUUGUAUAUUUUCGUACGUCAAGGACUGACAUAAAAAUGACUCUAGUGGAGUACAGCAGA